AUGCAUGGCGACCGGCAUCAUGCUGUGGAUAUUGAACAGAGUCCAGUAGAGCUGUUGCCCAGAAAUCCAUACUGUUUGAAUGAAGGAACCCGCUGUGGUUGUAGAUUACCCACUGUGACCCUCCAGCCGCAGUGGGUUACAGCAAAACCAUGGUCACUCUGGAAAACAUUUCUGGUGUGUCUUUUGGCCUGUCUAAUUGCCACAGCGCUUGUUGUUCUGGUCUUAUAUUUUGUCCACUUUGGCAAGCCCACCGACAGUAACACUAUCAUCAUUCACGCAGAUGGAAAGUCGAAUCAUGUCACCUGCAUCCCUGGUUCUACCCCAUCUCCUGCCUCAUCAACCCUGCCUGGAUCUCCUACCCCUGUGCCCAACCAAAGCUCCUCUGCCAAGGCGUCUCCAUCUUCUAUGGAGACGACCAAAACAACAACACUGGAGCAUGAAAUUAUCAUUGAAGAUCAAAAAUGACAUUUUUGAGCCCUUAGCACUCCUCCAGCCAGAUCAACACUCUCACCC